AUGGACGGCGACGACACCGUCACCACCGAGGUCUGCAAAGAGGCAGAUGUUGGGGAUGGAGAGCUCUGGGAGGUGAUGGUGGCUGGCUACCCGGUGCUGCUGGUGAGGAACAAGAAGGAGUUCAGAGCCCUGGGCAGUAAGUGCCCCCACCACGGUGCCCCGCUCAGCAAAGGAGUCUUGAAAAGGGAGAGGCUGCGUUGUCCCUGGCACGGCGCCUGCUUUAACAUCAAAACUGGAGACAUCGAGGAAUACCCUUCUCUGGACUGUCUUCCCUGCUUUAAGGUAACAGUGGAAGACGGAAAGGUGUUUGUUACAGCAAAAAAGAAGGAUCUUGAAAGCAGCCUGAGGGUGAAGGACACAAGCAAGCGAUGCCUUCUCAACCGGGAGACGAUGCUGCUUCUGGGGGGAGGUGUGGCUGCUCUGGUGUGUGCAGAGACACUUCGCCAAGAGGGCUUUACUGGCAGGAUCAUUGUGGUCACCAAAGAGAAACAUGUUCCAUAUGACAAGUCCAAACUGAGCAAGGAAAUGAACUUGAAAGCUGAGGACAUCUACCUGAGGAAACCUGAAUUCCUUGAUGCUCACGGCAUAGAGUUCUGGAUGGAAAAAGAGGCAGUGUCAGUGGAUUUCCAGAAGCAGAAGGUCUGCUUCAUGGACGGGUCCUCUCAGAAGUACAAUCGGCUGCUCAUUGCAACAGGCAGCCACUCCAGCUUCCUCAAAGUCCCAGGUGCAGACCUGCAGAAUGUGUGCAUUCUCCAAACCCCUGAAGACUCUAGCAAGAUCUUAGAGCUGGCAACUGGGAAGAAUCUGGUGAUCGUAGGAGCUUCAUUCAUAGGAAUGGAGAUAGCUGCCUUCCUCUCAGACAAGGCUGGUGCCAUCUCAGUGGUGGAAAAAAAGGAGUUCCCUCUCCAGAAUGCACUGGGUCCACAGGUUGGAGGUGUCGCCAUGAAGAUGCUGCAAAAUAGGGGGGUGAAGUUUUACAUGAAAACAGAACUCUGUGAGCUGAAAGGAAAGGAUGGAAAGGUCACAGAGGCUGUUCUUGCCAGUGGAGAGAAACUACCCGCAGAUGUGGUCGUGGUGGGAAUAGGGGUGUUCCCUAACUCAGCAUUUCUGAAGGGCACCUCCAUCGCCAGAGAUGACAGCGGUGCCAUCCUGGUGGAUCUGCGCAUGCAAACCAACAUCCCAAAUGUUUUCGCUGCGGGAGAUGUGGUCUCCUUUCCUGUAGCGCUGCUCAACGGGGACCAGUCCAGCAUCCAUCACCAACAGGUGGCCGAGGCCCAUGGUCACAUUGCUGCCUUAAACAUGCUGAAGAAAGACAAGGAGUUGCACACUGUUCCCUUCUUCUGGACCACAAUGGUUGGGAAAACCAUCCGCUAUGCAGGCUGCGGGAAGGGAUACACAGACACUGUUGUGAAGGGCAGCCUGGAACAACAGAAGUUCCUGAUCUUUUACAUCAGGGAUGGCUUCGUGACUGCAGCUGCCAGCCUGAACUGUGACCCCAUGGUGUCUCUGAUUGCAGAAGUUUUAUAUUCAGGGAAACAAAUCUCUAAAGAAGAAGCAGAGGCCUGGGACAUCUGCAACAUACCUUCGUUGGCAGAAACCCAAGCUCAGUAG